UCUCUUACUAUUUUUGUCUGGGUGUGGCUAAAUAUGUGACACUACUGUUCUGCAACAAUGCUUUAUCAGAUUCUGUAAACCAAUAAUAACGCACGUUGAUGUUGCGUCCGUGUGAAUGGUGCGCACUGUGCCGGCCGAGAUUCCUGAUCUGACACCGGAUGUCCAGAGAGCGCACAUUUUACCUAGCCCCACAGCACGGGUACUUGAUUCGCAUACCGGCGAACGCUGCACGCUGACUUUGCAAAAUGAUGCAGUCAAACCAGUCGCCCACGUAUCCUGGACGAAAAGUGCCGUCUGCAAGCCGACAGAUUGGUACGAGAAAAUGGAAGCAUCCUUGGAUCAACCAAUGGACAGCAAUCCGGAUAUGCAUGCACUGAAUAUAGAAAAUGCAGAACAAAUUAAUUCUGAAUUUAGAAGUACCGAGCAAUCAUCCGGUACCACUUCUAAAAAUCGACCAAGCAAAAGUCGCACCGGAAAAACGGAUAAGAAAUUAAACGGUGUACUUCGAAAACGCAAUCCGACUAAUUCGGGGGAAUCUGAAGGAGAACUAGUUUCCGAUGGCGGAAAAACCUUCUACAAUCCUCUGACUAAUGAUGAACUACAACGAAUGGCUUUGGAAAAAGUCGCCGAAGUGCAUAAAGAUCUCUUGCAGUGUGGACAACAGGAACAGCGCAGUAAAGAACGGGAAACUUACCUACUGAAAAACAAAGAAUGGAUCGAUGAUCAAAUUCACUCAUUUCACCGUGAAAAAGAAAACUGUGAGGAAUUCUUAUGUAAUCAACUGGACGAACAGGAGACACUGGAAUCGUUAACCCGCGAGCAAACAGAGAAUGUCCUUCAACGGAUACUGGACCAACGCCUGGCUAAAGCCGCUCUCUUUGCCGAACACUGUCAAAAAUGGCAACAAAACCUGGUGGAAAAACAGGAAGAGAUACACAUCAAGCUAGCUCAGUAUCACGCCUGGAAAGCCUGGGACAAAACAGAGAAUUUCAUGAGGAAACAAAUAAAGAAGUUUUCGGCGCAAAUCCCAAGAGAGAAACAAGAGAGAUACCGAGAUUUGAGACAACUUCGGCAGAAAUUUCAGGAGCUGAAAAGAUUGUGGCAAAUUGAACAUAACCGGCGAAUGAGCCUGCUUGAUGUCGCAUUGCGAAAAGAAGGGACAGUGCGAGGAGCAAACCAUGUGCAAGCGAAACAAGCCGUUUCUGAUACGCAACGAGCGAAGUACAACGUCCUCUUGAAGGAGGUUGAAACCUGGGAAGAAAUCAAGCAGCGAUGGUCCAAGCUGUUGGAAGAGCACGUGUCAGCGGAUCCCGAUCUGCUACAAGAUUUGGACAAAGCCCGCCUACCGGUGGUAUACGCCGAAAAGGUCACUGUUCGGUCUCCGGUGUUCCAAACUUCAGCACUGUGCCACCUGGAUCAAAUUCAAUCCAAUUUGGCAAGAGUUACCAAGGACCUUGAUGCACAUAAUAAAAAAUACGACAUUCCACUAGAAAAAUUAGUAUGUAUGCCCCCUGGCGCACUGGAAAAAAGCUGAACAAACGGCUACAGGCAUCAACACCAAUGCAUCGUUUCUGGACAACAGUAAUUUCUGCGACUGCAACUGCUACUGAUGUUACCGUGCGAAAUCACUUCAUGUAUAAGUUAUAGCUAACACUAUUCAUCGACUGCAAGUGUAUUAAUUCAAAAAUACCAUUAUGUACAAACACAGUACAAUACGAGAACUGCCCAAUAUUAAGCUAAUAAUAUGUGCAACAGUUCCUGUUCUAAAGGGCUGGAAGAGUUGUUUUAUUUGUUCUUGCUAGCCGAUCUUUUGAGUUUAAGUGAA